AUGAGAAGCAUUUAUAUUCAUCUAAAAUCAUUAUUAAUUCUGUUUGCUUUUAUAUUACAAAAUUGUUUAAUAGUUAAUUCACAAUUCGAACCUUUAGCGAGCUUUUGGGGUGUGCCAACCAAACAAAUACCAGAGUUAUUAAAUAGAGAGAAAAAUUUAAUUAUAAUUGACAGUAAAUUACAACUAUUAUUAGAUAAUUCAUCUUUUGGAGGAACAUAUAUAGAUGUAAUAGCCGAUCAAAUAAAUAUUAAUACGGUAGAUCCAUCUAAAAUCGAUGGAGUGAAAAACUCUUUGAAACAAUUUCAAACUCAUUUAAAUUUUAUAAGAGUAAAUAACUCCUUAUCUCAAUUAAAUUUCAACUUUAAUCAAAUAGUUAAAUUGUCGCAAAAUUUUAGUCUAACUAAUAGUAUAAUUGGCAUCGAGCCCGAAGUUAAUGAUGUUGUUAUAUAUUUAGAUGACAAAGAUGAGAAAAACAAAGAAUUUAUUGAUAGUGUUAACUUUUUAAAUCCAAAAAUAAACCCUUUGCCAAAAGAAGAAACUAUAUUUAAUCCAUCAAAUUUAAUUAAAAAGAGACGAAUUAAUCUAAUUCAUCCAAUUGUAUUUGGUGGAAGUAAAAUUGUUGGCUUUUUUCGAUCUAGUCUGACGAAUUGUAGUGCGGGUUUUUGGAUGAAAAAAGAUAAUAAGGAUUUUAUAUUAACCGCAGGACAUUGUACUAGCUCUAUUCCUCCUCCAGCAACAUUUUAUUUAGAAGAUAAGGAACACAUAAUUGGCCCAAUGAAUGAUUUUUCGUUCGAACCAAAUGAUAUGGGUUUUAUCGAACAUUUAGACAAUUCAAUAGUCCAAUUAAGGCCAAUAAUACGAAAUUUCGAUAGCGAAAGUUCAGAAAUCCUAAACUAUUUUGUCAUUGAUAGUUCAGAUAUAACUAGUAUUGGUAUUCAUGUAUGUAAAUCCGGUCAUGUAACAGGUAUUACUUGCGGUAAAGUGAUUGCAAUUAAUGCAGAAAGUAGAACUCAAACUGGAACUAAAAAAGGAGUCUUUAGAGUAUCCAUGAAUUUCGAUAAUGGUGAUAGUGGUGGAGCUAUAUAUCGAUAUAAUAACGGAGAUAAUCCGUCACUUUUUGUAGAUGCCGUCGGUAUAUUUAUAUCUGGAUCGAAUUCUGCAGUAGGAGAACCAAUACGCAAAGCCCUUGACUCUG